UUUUUAUCAAUCUGCAUAUCUUACCUGAAGUAGGCUACCCUAAUCUUGUUUUGAGAAACGGGCUACAAAACGGCAUUGGUAGAAUCAGAGAAUGUCUAGGGUUCUGGUAGAAUUCUGAUUUGGCCGGUGGGAGACUUUAGAGGCUGCUCAUAAUCACGAGCGCACUGAGGGAGGAGGCACUGCUUCAGUUCAGAGUGAUAAUGCAGAGCUAUAAAUCCUGAACUAUAAUUAAAUGAACUACAAUGCAAUGUAUAUCUAGGAUUUGACAUUCACUAGGUCGGGAUUGUUAUGGGUAAUUAGUUUGUCCUUAGUAACCAUACAGACAGCAAGAGGACUGAGCUGUUGAUCUGAGUAAUUUUGAUAACAAUGGCUAGCAUGGCUAGCUUGCGCUAACGUUAGCCAACCUAGCUGUGUUGUCUAAUAUACUACAGACUGCACACAAGCCAUCUGGAAGCUUAUGUUUACUUAAAAGUGGUUCGUACUAGAUAAGUGAGAAUAACUUAUCAUUACCUGCCCACAAAACAAGAUGUUUUCGGUAUUGAAGUACAAGUCAAUUGACUAUGUGUUUGAGGCCACAGCCAGGCGUAAAUUAACAUUAAGUUGCCUGGUUCUACCAAUACCUUACAACCUCAACACUCAAGACAUCUAUCUUCACUGUGGUUCUCUACCUGAUGAUGCCUAUCGAAAACCAUGGAUUCGAGGAAACACAGUUUCCUCCAGCAGCCUGAACAUGAAGGGAUCGAUAGUGGAAGAACUAAGAUCUAAAACACUACCUAUGGAUUCUGUAGAAAAAAUGAGCGCUACUCACACUCUGAAUGAAGCGGAAGCUUUGGAGAUAGUCCCCAGCUCCAAUCCUGCUUCCCAGGCCUAUCCUGAGUUGGAGGAGAUCCUUUGGCAGGUCACCCACAAAAAGAGUGAGGCUGAUUUAUCUUUAGUAGAUGACUUCACCAAAGCCACAGGAAGUGACAUGAGUGUGGGUCAUGAAGAGCUCCUGCUUGAGGAAUCGCUGGGUAGCUCUCCUCUGCACCAGUUCAAGAAACACAUGCCGACUUUAAGAGUCAAACUAAGCCGAUUGAAAGCUGUGUUGGUGUCAGACCCACUACAAACUCCAGUGGGAGGUUCCCUGUCUGAGCAUAUGAUUUUUGGGAGAUGUGUGCCCUAUGAUGUCAGUUCAUGUGGUGAUACAAACAGCUCUCAGAUGAGGUCAAGUGUUAUAGAAGGGUUUAGCAAAGUGUCACCUUGGGAUGAAGAGUCCUUAAUGUUGCUUGAAGUGGAAUCCUGCAGCAUGCACAAAGAAUCCUUCAGCACAUCUCUAGCCUACCUUUCUAGUAUUCUACAAGUAAGAAAAGAACCUGAGGGAGACCAGGUGUCUUUGGUGGAGAUGCUUAAAAAAGUGACCCCAGCAGGUCAACAGGAAAUGCAUCAUUUUAGAACCCUUGACACUCCUAGUAACAGCUUGAAUCCUCUCAACCCAUUAGACCCAAAGACCCCAGUGCCUCUUAGGCUGUACCCAGAGCUGGAGUUGGAUGUACCCUUCUUCCCAGCUCGUGGCCCUGAGCGGCCUGAGCUGCGGUUGCCCAACAGUCACCUUCAACCGAAGCGUUUGCCCCCCAUCUACAGGCAUUGGCUAGUGUCAGAUGAGGAACGAGAGGAGGUAGAGCGGGUUCUGUGGUCCUCAGAGAAACAGCAUAACGCCAUAGGAGGUUUUCUUCUGGCUGAUCCUCCUAGUCUUGAGCGUUUUGAGAAGAACCAACCACUGACUGAUGCCUUCAAGCUCUUGGGCAUCUCAGCACCAAAACAAGAUGUUGAACUCACUGGAUUCCCUGAACAGCUCCAGUCUCUGGGAAAAGGCUGCGCUGAAAUUCCAGAGGAUAUGACAGCUGAGCCACUCAGUAUUGAGAAAAGGGAUUUGGUUAAGCCGGAGGGCUUCACAGUGCUGUCAGGCUCAGAGAUUGAUGAUGUUCUGAGAGAAGUCUCUGGAGAUGCGGGUAAAUCCCCAUUUCCUAAUAAUUCAGCGAAACCCACGCAGCCUCCCGCCACUUCUGUCCAGGGGAAGCGGCUAGCGGUACCCUCUCAGCAGGAGGAUGGGACCACUGUGAAGAAACUCAUCAUGGAGAAGGUGCCGUGGCCCUCUGAGAUCUCAAAGCCUGCCUGGGAGCGUGGGCACCAGAGAACGCCUCAAGGCACCCCAACCAAGAGAGAGGAGAGUGUGGCCAACUUCUCUACAGUGAGACACCCUCCAAAGGAGCUUCCCAGCAGAACUUCAGCGCCCAAGCCAGUGACGCACUCUGACCUUUUGACAUCUUUCAUGAUGCUCAGACAACAGCAGCGUAUGCUGGAGUCUUCGGAGAAGACCAACUCCAGCCUGACAAGUGCAGCAGGAGAAAAAAAUUUACAGGUAAAGAGGUUCACCAGCCAGAGACCCACAGAGCAGGUGAGGCCAGGUGAGGUCGGUCAGCCUCAGGUGACGGGGAUGGCGUCCUCAUCAGGCCCUCCAGAGAGAGGCAGCUCCUCCGUCGUCCAGGGAACCCAUAGUAUCACCUCUACAGGUCAGGCCAUCAGAGCAAACACUCCUGUCGGUCAGACUAACAGAGCAAGUACUCCCAUGACUUCAGAUAGCAAAGAUGGCAAGGCUGUGGCUCAGGAAUCCACUGAGGGGGACAAUAACAACAGCAGGGUCAUACCUGUUCAGGCUACAGAGAGCCAGCUGCUGGCCCUGCGGGCGGUGCAGGCGGUGGGCGAGCCGUGCUUCUCUAGGGCGCUGGAGCUGGGCCUGAGUGCCACCGGUGGCUGCAGGGACUUCAGCAGCCUGGACACGGAGCGCAGCCACUUCCUGCUCAAACAGCAGCAGAAGCAGCUCUCCGUCAUGCCAGGCCUGGAACAGCUGUAUGUGGAGGUGGCUUUGCUGCACACCCUCGUCACUGUGAAGGAGCUGGUGCUUCGGUGUGGAGUCACCAGAGCUUGUGAUUACCUGGCUAAGGCCAAAACUGCCCACGAGACAGAUGUGUUAGACCUGCUGCACAAAAAGUACCUGAUCUUGCAGUUCCACAGCCAGAAGAACCGGGAGCCAGACCCAAAACUCCUGGAGCUCCAGGAUGUGAUGAAAUCAUGGCUGCAGUCUGUUGACACUCAGCAGCCCCUUUCAAAAGUGCUCUUACUGAUUUCUAGCAACUCGGACUCUAUGAGGACGCCGCUGAUUGGAAGUCUUAGUGAGAUAUCAGGAGAGGGUGUGGUGGACGCAGUUGUGUCUGAAGAAAACUGCUGGCAGGUGGAUGGCAAGAAGGUGUUGAACAGCCUGAGGCGUAGCAGCUGGGUGGUGGUGUGCAGCCAGCACCUGGGUCCUGACUUUCCCUGGCAUGCCUUCUCUGUGGUGGUGGAGUACGACAGCCUGGGCCACACGCCCUGGCCCUCCAUCUGCAGGGAGAGGAACAUCAGCUAUGUUACCUUCGCCACCGUCACCCCUGCCUCUGACCCCACAGCCCCCCCAUCUUCAUCAGCUCAUCUGGAGAGAAUCCCUUUCACGCUGUUUGUGACUGAAGGUCUGCUGGAUCGCUCAUCUUUACUGCAGACCCUGGAGUCUGUGUAUAACCUGACCAUGAUAGAAAGGAGCCACUCUCCCUCGCUGAAGAUGCUCGGGGGAGCUCAUCAAUAUGCUGUGAUUACAGUCGACGAGAGCAGCGCGGUGCUCCUGCAGGAGGUGGACGAGCUGGCGAUGGAGCGAGCGAGUGAGCGGGUGGUGAUGCGUUUGAUCGCCCUCUCCCUGCAAUACAGCUGCUGUUGGCUCCUCCUGCAUUGCCCCAGCGCCCGCUACUCAUGCUUCUCUGUGCAAAUUUUGACCAACUUGGCAUUAAUCUACUCAGCUGUGGUACUCUUUGGAAUGAAGUCUGAAGAAUUCAACGUCAAGGUUUUGGUCGUAUCAGAGGAGGAGGAUAUUGCCAGAUGGAUUUACCAGAUAGCCCAUCACAGCAUGAUGUCAUCAGAGGCCGACCCUCAGAGUUAUCUGGACAGAGAGUGGCUAUCGGUGCUGCCCUCACAGGAUGAGGGCUGUCUGAUGCGUUUCCCCAGUGUAAGUCCGCUGGUGGCCCAGAUCAUGCUGAAGAGGGCCCCCUCCCUGCACUGGCUCUUGGGAGCCUCCCUCACAGAGCUCCAGCAGCUGCUGCCUGAGGUCCCUCACAAAGUCAUCAAGCUCUUCACAGACACCACAGGUCUGUAUCCUCUGGGCUCCCCUGCUCCCCAGUCUGACCCCGUGCCUGACCCCGAGCCCCAGACCCAGCUCCCUCAGACGGGGCGGGCCAGCACACAGGACCCCUGGGCUUCAGCCGUCCAACCGCAGGCGUCCCUCUACAGCCACAGUCCCCAGCAAGAUGCCCUCUUCCACAAGACUUCCAGUGCUGGUCAGAACGAUGCCCUCUUCCACAAGACUUCCAGUGCUGGUCAGAACGAUGCCCUCUUCCACAAGACUUCCAGUGCUGGUCAGAGCGAUGCCCUCUUCCACAAGACUUCCCGUGCUGGUCAGAGCGAUGCCCUCUUCCACAAGACUUCCAGUGCUGGUCAGAGCGAUGCCCUCUUCCACAAGACUUCCAGUGCUGGUCAGGGCGAUGCCCUCUUUCAUAAGAAAGAGGAAUGUGAACAAGCAGGGAGUUCUACAGCCGGUCAGAGUGAUGCGUUCUCCUACAGGACACAGGAUUGGGGGCAAGUAGGGAAUUCCUGUGCUGGUCAGAGUGAUGCCAUAUUCCACAGGAAAGACGUCUGGGGGCAAUCAGGAGCAGGUCAGACCAAUGCCAUUUUCCAUAGGAAUGAGGAUUGGGAGCAAACAGGGAAUUCCCCUGCCGGUCAGACUGAUGCACAUUUCCAUAGGAACGAGGAUUGGGGGCAAGCAAGGAGUUCUUCAGAAGUUCAGAGUGAUGCCUAUUUCCACAGAAAAGAGGAUUGGGGGCAAAAAGAAGCCAGUCAGGCCGAUGCCUUUUUUCACCAGACACCGGAUUGGGGGCAAACAGGGAAUUCCACUGGACGUCAGAGGGAUGUCUUUUCCCACAAGACACAGGAUUGGGGGAAAACUGGGAAUUCCGAUCUGACUGAUGCCUUUUUCCAGUGGAAAAAUGAUAGGGGGCAAACAGAGAAUGCCAGGGCUCGUCAGAGUCAUGAUGUCUUCCACAAGAAAGAUAUUUGGGAGAAACCAGGGUAUUCCGAUGCAAUUCAGGCUGAUCCAUUUUUCCAAAGGAAAGAGGAUUGGGGGCAUAAAGAAACAGGUAAGACGUCUGAUGAUGUCUUCCGCAGCAGAGAUGAUUGGGGGCAGACAGGGAAUUCCUGCGCCGUUCCAAGCAAUGAUGUCUUCCGCAGCAGAGAUGAUUGGGGGCAGACAGGGAAUUCCUGCGCUGUUCCGAGCAAUGAUGUCUUCCGCAGUAAAGUGGAUUGGAGGCAAACAGGGAGCACUGGACUACAUUUGAGCAGCAGCUCUUUCAGUCCUACUCCAGCAGCAACAGCAACACCUCCAGCUCCACAGGGCUUCCAGCAUAAGCGCUGGCACAUGGACGUCAAAGAGAACAAGUUCAUCCCACGCACAAAACAAGCACGUGAUUGGACGUUGAGGAUUUCACCAAAGGAGACUUAUUCGAUAAGGGAAACACAAACCACAAGCCCGUUUGAGAGAAGCUUUGCCAGUGGGCACCAACCUUCGCCGUACUUCCAUAGUCAGAUGCCCGCUACCAUACCCUGUGGCCCGACCCACAGCAUCGCCUCGUCCCCGGUGUCGCGUUGGACGGGCAAACUGAUCUCCGAGGCCUACCGCGUCACACCGGACGGCAGCACGCCAGGGGGCGCGAGGGCUGAGCAGGACAGGAAGAGGAGAGCGGGGAUAUCUCCGCUGGAGAGCCCAGCCUCAGGAUUCCCACAAACCAAGAAGGGAAAGCUGUUCUAUGAGAAGGUUCCUGGCAGAAGUGAUGGACAGACAAGACUGAGGUUUUUCUGACUUUUAUCUUCUAUCUGAUUUGGAUCCUUCCUCCCUGUUAGAGGUUAUUUAACAUAUUCUAUGCAUACAAUUUCAUUCACAAAAAGGUGGACACUCAAUAAAACAUUUUUGUUCCAGCCACAGUGAUUGUAUAGUAUUUAUUAUAUUUAUUCAAAUAGAUGUUUACCCUUAAUCCUUAAUCCCUAAACAGAACAAUCUUUAGAUAAAAAUGUUACUUAUUGAAAUUAUUAAUAGCUGUUUUUAUUGUCAUGUAUGUGAUAUAAGACGUGUAUAAAUUUUGGGUGGAUGUUACAUAUCUGUGAUUUGUACAGUGCCAAUCUGUAUUGUUCUCAAUCUUGUGCUCAUCAAUAUUUAUGAUGUUUAUUGUGAGAGUAUAUGUGCUUUUGUUUUUUAAAUAUAUUUAUGAUAUUUAUUGUGAGAGUAUACUGUAUGUUUUUGAAAAAUAUGUAUGAUUGUUGUGAGAGUAUACUGUAAGUACGUUUUUGAAAAUAUUUAUGAUGAUUAUUGUGAGAGUAUAUGUGUAUGUCUUUGAAAAAUAGAUACAGCUAACCUCUAACAGCUGACAUGAUCAAAACGCUUAAAAUAAAU